CGGAAGUGGAAGGCUCCUGUAGCAACAGGGCCGCGCCGCCAUGCAGAGAGAGGAGAAGCAGCUAGAGCUGACCCUGGAGGCACUUAUCAGCCAGGUGGCUGACCUGAAGAACUCAUUGGUCAGUUUUAUCUACAAGCUGGAGAAUGAGUACGAUCGGCUCACCUGGCCUUCAGUUCUGGACAGCUUUGCAUUGCUCUCAGGACAGCUGAACACUUUAAAUAAAGUGCUAAAGCAUGAGAAGACCCCACUAUUGCGAAACCAGGUUAUCAUCCCCUUAGUGCUGUCUCCAGACCGUGAUGAGGAGAUCAUGCGGCAGACAGAGGGGCGCGUGCCAGUCUUCAGCCACGAGGUUGUGCCUGACCACCUGCGAACUAAGCCUGACCCGGAGGUGGAGGAGCAGGAAAAGCAACUGAUCACAGAUGCAGCUCGCAUUAGCCCUGAUGGAGCACAGAAACAGAUCCAAAGCCUAAAUAAAAUGUGUUCAAAUCUGCUGGAGAAAAUCAGUAAGGAGGAACGCGAAUCUGAAAGUGGAGGAUUACGACAGAACAAACAGACUUUCAACCCUACAGAUACCAAUGCACUGGUGGCAGCUGUGGCCUUUGGGAAAGGAUUGUCAAACCGGCGACCCCCGGGCUCUGGAGGAUCUGUCCAGUCGGGUCAACCAGGAGCUGGUGCCAUCAUUGCGGGGGCUUCAGGCAUGCAGCAGGUGCCAAUGUCAAGUGCACCAGCUCAGCAGCAGCCAAUGCUGGCAGGAGUGCAGAUGGCACAAGCAGGGCAGCCAGGAAAGAUGCCAAGCGGCAUAAAAACAAACAUCAAGUCUGCCUCAAUGCAUCCAUAUCAGAGAUGAGCCAACAUGAAGCAGACCCAGGGAACAGCAGUUACCACAUUGUUCCUGCUGGACCCAGCGCAUGUGGAUUUCUUACAGAACUUCUCAGUCCCUUUGCAUAUAUACACUAUGUCCACAGAGCUGGGAGUGAUGAGACCCUUCCCUGGGUUUUCUUUUAGUGCUGGGUGGCUUGUGUGGAGCUGCUAGUGGCCAUGUCUUCUGGAGACAAGUGCUCUAUUCACCCAGAGCAGAGGGCUUUACUUGUGAAAUCAAUCCCAUUUGCUCUGGGCCUAGCAGGAGGGCAUCUACCCUUUUUUGAUACAGAGCCUGGAGAGCUUCAUGGACCACUCUGCUCCUUGUUUCUGUUGAUUCAAGAUGUUCCUACUCUACUCCCUGUUGAAUAAAGACUUUGUUUUGCAUAUAGCGAGA